AUGUCACCACCAAACAAACGUCGCCGGAUUGAGAGCCAAUCCAGCCCAAACGACGGCCUUUCACACGAUUUCGACGUGAACAAAGCUAGGAAGGCGAACAAUCUGCGACUUAAGUCCCGCUUUGAGUCCAUAUUCGAAAAGUACGGGAAGGAUUUCAGCUCCGUUGGUGACGAGAUAGACCUGGCCAAAGGGACCAUCGUGGUGGACAAUGGACAUCUAACAGAGAUGGGAGAUGAGCACGACGUUGGGAGAGGACUUUGGGAUGACUUCCAUCCGGAAGAUGACAGUGAAGCGGAGGAAGAGCAGCAAGGCCAGGAUAUCGAGCCGCUGACGGAAAACAUUGGAGACUCUGAGACGGGGAACACAUUUUUUAAGGAAUGGGUUAUUCAAGACGACUACGAUGCAACGGCCGGAAAGGGGGAACGGGCUUCUGGAAUUGGGGUAGAUCUUUCGUCUAUCUGCCCGGGGAAUCCCCAGCCCGCCGGGGAUUUGGAGACGGGACAAGAGUCAGUGAUUAUACCAAGUCCCCAGGCUGUUGCGAGUGUAAGCAAUUUACGCCGUGAAGAUGAUAAAAGCCAUGGAGAUGACAGUCAGCUUCCUGAAGACUUAUGGGAUGCGCCUCCACUACCCACUACAGCUCUGUCCGCCAGCCUAGAAGAUAUGGAAAUUGCAACAACCCAGAACAUUGAAAGGACGCCCUCCCCAGACAACAAUAGAUCAAUAUGGGCCGCACCCCACUCAAGGCGCAGGCGAAUACCCCAUAUAAGCAAACCGAAGAACCCUCCAAAGAAAACCCCAACACGCAUGUCAAAGUUGGUCCCCAAUGAUUCUGAUUCCGACGACCCAAUUCAGGACCGCACACCGAUAUCCUCUACUCCCAGGCGCCCAACUACUAUUUCUACCAUUUCACCAUCCAAGGAUGCCACGUUUCAAACGCCUGUUGCAUCCAAAGAUAUAUACACCCCACCUCAAAAAGAGCCAAUAUCUACUAUAGAAGGCGACAAUAGGACGACCAAUGGCGCCUCUAUUAGUGAACAGGAAAUACCUCUCAAGGUUAACACGGGCAUCAUUUUGACCGCCAAGGAGAUAACUCCAGGGACUCCAACAUAUCAGCCCAUUCUAGAUCUUGAUAGUGACCCUGGUCUAGCAGUAGCUACACCGCAGAAAGACCCAGAUCCAGGGGUGAGUACCGUUACUGGAAGCCCAGGCAGUGGAAUAACGACUCCAAAAGUCUCGCCUGACAACCUUACCCUUCAGGAGGUAAAGACCCUUAUCACUCUACGGCUAACUAAACGGAAACCAUGGCGUGAAGUAUCCCUGGCUAUUCCGACUCGUUCGCCCGCCCAAUUACGACAGUGGUACUACGCUUACUGUAAAAAAAUCAGCGGCAACUCUCCUUCCUCGGUAUCGUGGACGGAUUCAGAGAAAAAGAAACUUGCAUCUCUCACUCCAGAAGCCAAAAAUUCAUGGGAAACGGUUCAAUCUCAAUUUCCAAACAAGAGCUUAGGGGAUAUACAGCAUGAAUGGAUUAAAAUCUGCCUUGGAGAAACUCUCUGGCAAAGUUGGGUCGAUUCAAAAACUCCCAGCAAAGUAAAAAAGCGGCCAUUUACCCAGGUGUCGCCUUUAUUUCAAACUCCGAUUCGAUCCACCAUCACUGUUUCUUCUCCGCUCCAGUCUAGGUCUGUUCUUAGAAACCCGUCAGUGCAUGUGGUCAGGGAAGAAUCUCCACCUAGUACUGCUGAGGGUCUGAACAAUCGAGAGGAAAGUCCCGAUCCUCUUUCUGAGGCCUUUGAGAGAGCAUGGCAUAGCUCUGGUUUGGCUAGCGUGCAGAUAAGCACACCACCAAUGACUUCUCGCUCGCCUAAGAAGCAUAUGCUAUCAAAUAGUAAGGCCGGGGGAAUUAUUGUACAAGGAGGCGAUAGCUAA